CUGCGGGGGAUAACACCCCAAAUAGCGCCCACUGCCUGGGUGAGUGAGUUUGCCUACGUGGUGGGCAACAUAGUCAUUGGGGAGCACAGCAGUGUCUGGCCCGGCGUUACGAUUCGAGGCGAUGGCGAACUCAUUACCAUCGGCAACAAUGUAAACAUCCAGGAAGGCUCGGUGGUCCACGGCGACGGGCUGGUAAUUGAAGACAACGUGUCCAUCGGCCAUUGUGUGGUAGUGCAUGGCGAUCGCAUCGGCACGGGCAGUCUGCUGGGCAAUAACUGCACCUUCCUGACCGAGUCUACCAUCGGCCGGGAAUGCCUGAUCGCCGCCAACUCGGUGGUGCUGUCCGGCGUGGACGUUCCUGACCGCAGCUUCGUAACCGGCGUCCCGGGUUUCCAUCAAGCGACAGGUUACCGACCAGCAGGUUGA